UUACAAAAGAGAAGAGAAGAAAUAAAAACCAGAAUGACUGCUCAUUGGUUCCGUAGUCAUCACGAACUCGUCUUUCUCUCUUUAUCUCUAGCGAUAGGAACAAGAAGGAUUUCAUCAAACCUCUUUUCGACUUCAUCACCUAUCGAGAUAUUAUUACAACAAUCCGAUCUAAACAAAUUCCAGAUAUGUUGAAGAUUGGGCAGAGAGGGAUUCGCCACUUACAGCGAUCCAGCACGGCGUCGUUCACGACCGUGUCUGCUUCUUCGAUCGAGAAAGGACAGAAUCGUGUCGUCGAUGCUUCGUUAACUCUCAUUCGCGAAAGGGCAAAACUCAAAGGAGAGUUGGUGCGUCUCUUAGGAGGAGCUAAAGCUUCAACAUCUCUUCUCGGUGUCCCACUCGGUCACAACUCUUCUUUCCUUCAAGGUCCUGCCUUUGCUCCUCCACGAAUUAGAGAAGCUAUUUGGUGUGGUAGCACCAACUCCUCCACUGAAGAAGGGAAGGAGCUAAAGGAUCCACGUGUUUUAACUGAUGUCGGGGAUGUUCCCGUACAAGAGAUCAGAGAUUGUGGAGUUGAUGAUGAUAGAUUGAUGAAUGUAAUAAGCGAAUCUGUAAAGCUUGUAAUGGAAGAGGAACCAUUGCGUCCGUUGGUCUUAGGUGGAGACCAUUCCAUAUCUUAUCCAGUUAUUAGAGCGGUUUCUGAGAAGCUUGGAGGACCUGUGGACGUUCUUCACCUUGAUGCACAUCCUGAUAUAUACGAUUGUUUCGAAGGCAACAAGUACUCUCAUGCGUCUUCCUUUGCUCGUAUCAUGGAAGGUGGCUAUGCUCGGCGCCUUUUACAGGUUGGGAUCAGAUCGAUAAACAAGGAAGGACGAGAACAGGGCAAGAGAUUUGGAGUAGAACAGUAUGAGAUGCGAACUUUCUCGAGAGAUCGUGAAGUUUUGGAAAAUCUGAAACUAGGGGAAGGAGUGAAGGGUGUGUACAUCUCCAUCGAUGUUGACUGUCUUGAUCCGGCGUUUGCACCUGGAGUGUCACACAUCGAACCAGGAGGUCUCUCCUUCCGAGAUGUUCUUAACAUCUUACAUAGUCUUCAAGGAGAUGUGGUCGGGGCUGAUGUUGUCGAGUUCAACCCCCAGCGUGAUACUGUUGACGGCAUGACGGCCAUGGUCGCCGCUAAGCUUGUUAGGGAACUAGCGGCAAAAAUCUCAAAGUGAGACAGAAUGGUAUCCUGUAGUUUCUGGUUUUGCUAUGUUUCGGUGCUUCGUUACGAGAUUAUGGACAUCUCCAAGUGAAUCUCGAAGUUUGUAAUAUUGAUUUUGCAUGCGUUCUUGAAAAAGAUGCAAUAAUAGACUGGCCAUGUAGAAAGAAGAACAGUCAUAGAUAUGAAUAAGAUUGCUUACAAUA